CACCACAUACAUACAUGCAGCUGGGGUAAAUAUGCCUCGAGAAGCUGAAAUAUCGGUCAAUGAGCGCGCGUUCAUCCUGCAGGCGCUUCAAGAGGACAUACGACUGGAUGGACGAGCUUUUGAUGCGUUUCGACCAUUAGAGCUAUCUUUUGGAGACGAAUAUGGUGUUGCAGAUGUUCAAUUUGGAAAGACAAGGGUUAUCGCGAGAAUCUCCGUAGAUGUAACCGCCCCACUGCCUGAGCGCAAGUUCGAUGGUAUCUUCCAAAUCGUAACGGAGUUCUCUCCAAUGGCUUCGCCUGCGUUCGAAGUUGGCCGACCCACGGAUGCGGAAGUCAUACUGGCGCGAAUACUGGAAAAGACAAUCCGCAGAUCGAACGCACUCGACACCGAAUCUUUAUGUAUAAUCGCAGGACUGAAGUGUUUCGCCCUCCGCGCUGACGUUCACAUCAUCGAUCACGACGGAGGUUUGAUUGACGCAUCUUGCGUCGCUGUUAUGGCUGCUUUGCAACAUUUUCGAAGGCCGGAUGUUAUUGUUGAGGGCGAAAAGGCGACAAUUUUGAGCAUACGAGAAAGGGAGCCUAUACCACUAUCGAUCCUACAUCAGCCGCUAUGUGUUACUUUUUCAUACUUCGAGGAAGGAGAAAUAUUCUUGGUUGAUGCGAACCUUGCAGAGGAACAAGUUAGACAAGGAGAGGUCAUCAUCAGCAUGAACAAGCAUGGCGAAAUUUGCCAGGUAGCAAAGUAUGGUGGAGCUACGAUUGACGCGCUCGCGCUCCUCAAUUGCACCAACGUCGCAUUGCAGAAGGUUAAAGAAUUUAGCAAAACAAUCCAGAAGAGGCUGGAAGAAGAUGCCAAGAAAAGGGACGCCGGAGGAUUGAUGGCUGAGUUGAGCGCUGAAAAUGCGCGAUGAUGGGCAGAUUCCACGCACUCACGCUCUCAUCAUUUAGGCAAGACUGGCUUAGACGCAUGAAAUAAUGACCACCGGACGUCAUAUUGCAUCGACAGCCAGUGUACAGCCAGUAUACAUACCCAUAGCUCUGAGACAACAUCUGACGCCAGCCUUGAUGUUAUCUUAAUUCAAAUAUCCGGACAUGCAAUCGGAUGUGGAGAUCAUGCGGACCUCCAACCACAGCACAGGGACUAUGGAAUCGGAUCCGAUGUGCGAUAGGCCAUCGGACAUUCUAGGCGAUCUAGAAGGAGUAAGAAACCUUCCAAAUCUUCAUACAGCGAUUAGCGUUGUGAAGGGACCCUGACUUGGGUGCCCGGAUAUCUUACGGACGAAUAAUAAUAAUUCCAAAUAUCC